AUGCGCUUCCAUGAGGCGACCGAUGGGCAGAGUUCUGCGGAGUGUGAGACACCCAUCGAACAUGACCCAGUAUACAGACCGUUGGCGAAGAGCCAAGAGCUUGAUAUGGAUGGCACUUUUGUUGACUCGGGUGGCUCUUAUGAGACGCACCCGUCCCGCAACUUUAUUGGACGAAGUCUUCUCCUAGACAGGAAUAAAAACUUGACCAGUUUGGCAUCUCUCCUGAGGGAUCGCAAUAACUCUACGAUCGUUAAAGCUUCUCCUACUGAGACCGGCGAUCAUAUUCCUGGAUCAGACAUCAUCUGGAAGAUCCCGUCGAAUUUCGAAUUAGACGCUCCUGGCCCAACAGCCAGGACACAUUCUCUAGAAGUCGAGACAGGAUCCGAACUUAUUAAGAAGAUGAGUGCGAGUGCUGAGAUGAGCGCCUCUUACUUUGGAUUCUCCGCGUCGGCAGAGGCUCAAUACGGCAUGGAGACGUCAGUCGACAGCAGCGCUAUGUAUGGAGUUUAUAGUAUGAAUGAGGACAACUACAGCGUCACAUUGAAGCCCCAUGCCGACACAUACGAGUUUGUCGAUGGCAUGGUUGUUGAUGCUAUCCUUACGCUACCCACAUGGACGAUCGACGAUUCCGCAGUAAUCAAAGCAUACAAAGAGUUUUUUGAAAGUUGGGGCACCCAUUAUAUCAAGAAGCUAAAUUACGGCACACGAUACCAGCUGAAAAUUGAUUCGGGUAGCCAGGAAAAGACCACUCAAGAGUCUUUCAAAGCAUGUGUCAAGGCGGAAUAUAAAAACGUCGUGAGCAUCCAAGGGCGAGUGGCGACUGAGGACGAGCUCAAGGAGUACACAAACUUCCGCCAAUCGGAGUGUGUUGUCAGAGGCGGCGAUCCUGGAGCUGCUGCUAUACUGGCUGAGGAUCCCACAAACAAGGACAAGUUUGAUGCUUGGGCCAAUUCGAGAAAGACAGGGGCCACCGAUGCAAUUAUGAACAUACAGGUAGACAGCAUUUCCCGCCUUCUUGAAAAAAGCCCGGUGGAAAAACACAAACAAGCCGGCAAGCAAAUCAGAGAGGCUACAUCUUUUUUCACUGAUGUUCGAUCCGCUUGGUGCUAUCUAGAAGUAGGUGUUGACAAUGACUAUAUAGAUUUUGGAAGGAUCGAAAUCAGCGCCCCCGAGGCAGAGAUUACAGCGCGGAGACACGGCCAUCCUUCUAUUAUCCAAAACCCGUCAUCCUUGAUCAUGAGAGCAAAAACAAGUGAAUAUAAAUACAUAUGGACGUGCUUUAAACUGAACACCCCAGAUGUGCCAUUACGCGUGAGGUUGUCCUGCAAAAUUCGUGGAAACGUCAAUAUGCCACCCGGACAAACACCUUUCGGCUGGGCACGUCUUAACUGCUGGUUUAAUAAGUACAGUGCUGAUCAUAGCGGCUACUACUCAUGUAUGAGGGCUUGCUCAGUGCCGGAUUGUCGGGAUUAUCAGGGAACUCUGCCAUCUAUAAUGGCAACAGGAGAUUUCCCUGCAAGCUGGCCUUGA